AUGGCUGCGCCCAAGGCCGGCGCGCCCUCGUACGGCGCCGUGUCGUCGACCCUGUUUGCGCAACUGCAGAACGAGUGCGAGUGCCAGAUCUGCUUCCAGCUCUUCAACGAGCCGGUGACGGCGCCGUGCGGGCACUCGUACUGCCGCAGCUGCCUCGCGCGCUCGUACGACCACUCGGACAAGUGCCCGAUGUGCCGCACCAGCCUGCCGCCCCUGUCGUACUUCCGCUGGCAGCGCGCCAACCGCGCCCUGACGGCCGUCAUCGAGGCCGCCCUGCCCGACCUCGCCGCCGAGCGCGCCGCCGCCGUCAAGGAGGAGGAGCUCGCCCUCCUCGAGCACGUCCCAAUCUUUGUCUGCACGUCGGCGUGGCCAGGCAUCAAGUCGUACCUGCACAUCUUCGAGCCGCGGUACCGCCUCAUGAUCCGGCGCGCGCUCGAGACGCCCGACAAGUCGUUCGGCAUGGUCCUCCCCGUGCGCAACGGCGGCGCCGACGCCGUCAACGAGUUCGGCACCAUGCUCCGCAUCACGAGCUGCCAGAUGCUCGACGACGGGCGCCUCAUCCUCGAGACGAUCGGCACGCACCGGUUCCGGCUCGUCGAGCGCAGCGUCGUCGACGGCUACAACGUCGGCAAGAUCGAGCGCGUCGACGACGUCGGCGCCCGGCCGCCGAUCACGGGCAACCAGGAGCUCACGACGCAUCAGCUCAUGCAGAUCUGCCUCGACUUCAUCAAGACGUUGCGCGCUGGCUCGGCGCCCUGGGUCAUCGAGCGCUUGAACCGCACUGUCGGCGAGAUCCCGACCAACGCGCACGACUUUACCUGGUUCGCCGCCGAGGUCUUCCCUGUCGAGGACCACGUCAAGGUCGCGCUCCUUCAGAUCACGAGCGUGCGCGAGCGUCUGCGCCUGAUCGUCUUCUGGAUCGAGCAGAUCCGGUCGUCGUGGUGGUACUCUCGUGGCUGCACCAUCAUGUAGCCGGCCACGUCGCUGUCAGCCGACGCCCGUCCAUGUCCAGCUUCCCCUCCCUCUUCCCCUUUCCUCCCCCCUUUUGUCCCUCGUACCACCAUCGCAGCCUUUCUCUCUCCCUACCCUGUCUCCCACUCUUCCCCUCGCCCCCUCGCCUGCCUGCCACACCCCAUACCCCUUGUCGCUCGUCCUCGUCUAUUUUGCAUUCUCGCCUCCCUCGCCCCGUGUCGCGCCUGUGCCCCUUCUCGUGCUUGUCUCUUUCCGUCCGCGCCCUCCCACCUACUCUCGCAACCCUCGUUAGGCCCCUCUGCAAAUAGUGUCGCGUCCUC